AUGCUUUUCUACUCCUUCCUGCCUUACCUCAACAUCUUAAGGCAUCUCUUUCAAAAUCAUUUGUCAUUUGAGCUCUGCUGUGUAACAGUGAGUGGUUUGUAAUCCAGGAUGAAUGAAUGCUACUAUGAUAGGCGCAUGGACUUUUUUUAUAACAAGACAAACACUGACACAGCAGAUGAGUGGACAGGGCCAAACCUUAUUGUGGUGCUGUGUUUUGGGACAUUUUUCUGCCUCUUCAUUUUCAUUUCAAAUUCAUUGGUCAUAGCAGCUGUGGUCAAGAACAAGAGGUUUCAUUUUCCAUUUUACUACCUCCUGGCCAAUUUAGCUGCCGCAGACUUUUUUGCUGGGAUUGCCUAUGUCUUCUUGAUGUUCAACACCGGCCCAGUGUCUAAGACAUUAACUGUCAACCGCUGGUUUUUGCGCCAGGGUCUUCUGGACACCAGCCUUACAGCUUCGCUGGUGAAUCUCCUCGUCAUAGCUGUUGAGCGGCACAUGUCAAUAAUGAGAAUGAAGAUCCACAGUAAUCUCACGAAGAAGAGAGUCACCUUUUUAAUUAUAUCAAUUUGGGCCAUUGCUAUUUUCAUGGGUGCUGUUCCCACUCUAGGCUGGAACUGCCUCUGUGACAUUACUGCCUGCUCAUCUCUGGCACCCAUUUAUAGCAGGAGUUACCUGGUGUUCUGGAGCGUAUUAAAUCUAGUUGUCUUCUUCAUUAUGGUGGUGGUUUAUAUAAGAAUCUACAUGUACGUCCAGAGGAAAACUAACGUCUUGUCGUCGCACACCAGUGGAUCCAUUAGCCGUAGGAGGACCCCUAUGAAGCUUAUGAAGACCGUCAUGACUGUCUUAGGUGCUUUUGUUGUCUGCUGGACCCCUGGCUUGGUCGUCUUACUGCUCGAUGGCCUGAACUGCACUGACUGUGGGAUUCAGAAUGUUAAAAGGUGGUUUCUUCUCCUGGCCCUGUUAAACUCUGUCAUGAAUCCAGUAAUUUAUUCAUGCAAAGAUGAUGAAAUGUGGGGUACCAUGAAAAGGAUGAUUUGCUGCUCCACUGAGGAUAGGAGCCAGGAGAGACGCUCAUCACGGAUCCCCUCAACAGUUCUUUGCAGGAGCACAGAUACCUCGGGACACUACAUUGAAGAUGGCAUUAUUCAAGGGACAAUUUGUGGAAAAGGAGAUCUUGGUGACAAAGGAAACUCCUGA